AUGGCUAUCUACGACUCCCCCGUGCUCCUCGAACCUGUUCUCUCGCAAUCAGAAGGCCUGUACAGUCGAUGCCAAAAGGCCAGACACUACGGCGUCGACAUCGCAUGGUGGAUCGUGGGGCCAAUGCCACUCUCCUCGUUCAACGAAACCUUCCUCUGUGGCACCUCGACAGAUCCCUCGUACGAACAAAAGAGCAUGCUGGCGGCCUUCAGCAAGGUCCCAUUCGGAGCAAAGAGGUGCGACGAAAUCUCCCGGCCCAUGCUCGCGGCUUUGAAUCAGAAGAGGUCCAAGUCGCUCUUCCCUGGUUUUGUCUUUGACAAUGUCGCGCUGCCGAACGUGCACCCUGACGAGCAGGGCCCCAUGAAAUCUAGUCGCAAACUCGUGCAUGACUCGGACGGGGCAUUCUCCUCCAAGUCUAACUACACUGACCUGUUCAUUGACAUUUCCCCAGACUCUACUCACGAUUUCUUCCACGAUCCCCCUGCCAGAUCCAAAGUCCGUAACCGCCUGGAAUUCCUCUCGCAUUCCGACAGCAAGCGAAAACAGAUGUCGACUGAGGAGCUGUUUGGCCAGCAUGUGUCCUAUGUCAGCGAGAUCUUUGCGCGACAGCAGCGCGUCUUCCUUUUCACAAUCGUUAUGUAUGGCUCUCUCACCCGCAUUCUCAGGUGGGAUCGCUCUGGGUGCGUCGUGUCGGAAGCUUUUGACGUCGCCGACGACGCGGCUGGACUUUGCAACUUCCUGUUGCGAUUUUCAAGCGCCUCGGAUGCGGGACGAGGUCAUGACACCUCUGUGGCCCAAGCAACCUCGACUGACGAAACUCUCUUCGCGAACGCCAUCCGAGAAUACGUUCGUUCUCAAAUCACCGACAGCGAGGAUUUGGAGCAAGCGGUCCAGCAGCGCUAUUCGCCACGCCACGUCUACGCGACCCACAUCCUCCGCCGCCUCUCUCCGCUGUGCGAGGAGAACACUCGAAAGCGAUUGUUUUCUCGACCGGCCGCGAAUUCCUCCUCUGUGACAGGCCGUGGAACUCGGGGAUACUGGGCACUCGACGUGUCCUCUGGAAAGAUUGUGUUCUUAAAGGACACCUGGCGAGAUAGCCUACUGGCGGAGGUGGAAGGGGACAUACUGCAACAGUUGCACGAGGCCGGGGUAUCGUUUGUGCCGUCUUUUGUAUGGCACGGGGACGUUUCUUCUCUUGACGGGUACUCAGAAGAGCGGCGGCCGCUGCAGACGGAGAUUCAGUCGACCAUGACGAACACCCUAUGCGGAGAGGAGUGGGUUUGUCGCGUUCAAGGCUCACUGCCAAGAUUUUCGCAACGCCGUCACUGUAGACUGGUGAUGGGGACUGUGGGCAUGCCGAUGAGCACGGUGCGGGGGACCGAAGAGCUCCUGCAUGCGACACAUGACGUUUUCACAGGCAAGUGCAAAAGCGACUUUGUGUCCGCGCUCCGGGGGGCUGCUGAUGUUGUACGUACAAAAGAGAGCCGCCUCCACCGAGACGUCAGCGUGGGCAACAUAGUUCUAGUCAAAGAGGCGGACUCGGAGAUACGUCGAGGUUAUCUAAUAGACUGGGAGAUGUCGUGCAAGGUCAACGACAGCAGUGAAGCGAUUGAGAAAGGUGACUUAUUUGCCCAGGGGACAUGGGCCUUCAUGUCUAUGCGCGUUUUGACCUGGUAUAAAGACGACGAUUCCUGGCGCCUCAAGUUCGAAGACGACAUGGAGUCCCUCCUCUACGUGGUCAUGUAUAGUGCUCUGUUGUGGCAACCGCACCACUUCACCGCCAAGGGGGUCACGAUGAUCAUACGUGGGAUGUUCGAUGAGUAUACUCGUAUCUCUUACUUGAACGUGCUCAUCAGCGGAGGAGGUAAAGCCUCAAAUGUACGCAGCCGGGGCCAGGUAUACGGCAAAGCGUUCAAAAGCCCGGCGUUCGCCAAGUGGCUGUCGGACAUGAUGGCCCACCAUGUUCCUAAAGAUUACGAUGAUAAGGCCUACAAAGGCAAAUGGGACAACCCGGUCUUCAUAUACGACUACUGGGCCAAUUUCCUCCGCCUGCACUCGUUGGAGCGGGACAACCGCGUGGAUAACCUGGCCGGCUACUCGAAACUACGCGAUCUUUCGACCGAAGCCGUGGAACGCGAACAACUUCCUCCGUUUCCCGACACGACAAGCCGCGAACAUUCGGACGCUGAGCACAGGCGCCACCAACUCAAGGAAUCUGCAGCGGAAACCCAGAGGGGCAAGCGAAGGGGGCGCGACUUGUCUCAGUCGUCAGCUCCUCGCCGUAGCUCGCGGAUCAAGGAGAAGGAGGAAGCAAGGGCGCAGGCUCAGUCUGCGCAGAACGGUGUUGGGCAUGGCCGCGGAUCGUCAAGCCGUGGCCGGAGCAGAGGGCGAGCCCGUGGCCGGUCUCGUUGA